CCACUUUUUUUUUUUUUUUUUAAUUAAAAUGUCCAUGUGCCACUCAAUGAAUGAAAUCCGUUUUUCUUAUUUAAAUAUAGCUCCCUUGUUUAAAAGAAAAAUUAAAGAUGGGUUAUAAUCAGAGCCUGAUUUAUUAUAUUUAUGUAAUGUAUCUAACAUAUGACUAUCUGUGGAGAUAAUUUAUUGGGGCUUUUGGUCACACAUAAAUGUUUGAAAAUUCAUAUAUAAGUAAUUAUUUAUUUAAUGAGACAAUGAAACUUCCAAAACUUCAUUACUCGUCUUUAAGUUUAUGCUUUAAGUCAGGUGGUGUUUGGAAAAAAAAACUUUUAAAAAGAGAUUAUAAGAUUUUUUGGACUUGCUAAAAAAAUAAACCCCAAACCUAUGGUUAGUGCAAAACGGUUAUAUUUUAUUCCAAAAAAAUAUUACAAUUUACCCCCUUAUGAAAUAAUAUUAAUAUUCACAAUUACCACCGAGGGUAAAAUCGGUAUUUUAUGAAGAAUUUUCCAUGGAGUAAAAAAUUUCCAUUGUACACGAUAAGGGGAUCGAGAAUGUAAGACGACAACAAACAUCAGAGGUUUUGUGUAAUCAUGAAUAUGUGAGGAUUUGUUUUUUUUGUUUGGUAAUAAUUUAACCCUAGUUCGUUCACUGGUUACUUGUAAUUUACCCUAUUAAUUAAUAAUAUCGUUGUCAGAUAAAGCGCUAGAAUUAGGUCUAUAACCAUGCAUGUGUACCAAUUAAUGAUAUAAAAAGAAAUAUGGGCGUGGGGGAUCGAAGAAGCUAGAGAUCGAAGAUGAUCACUACGAAAAUGUUCGAUUUUUAUGGACUGGAGUUUGUUAGCAGGCCAUUAGUUCCAUCCAUGGUGUCGGCGGUUGUAAAUGGUUUUCCGGGGAACUGUUUCCGGCGAGUUCUCCGACGCGAAGCAACCGGUUGCCGGAAACUAAGUUCUCUGCAUGUGAAAGGGAGCAGUUUCAAGAGUACUAAAAGUAGUGAUCGGAGUUCAAAAAAUUACUCCGACCAGCUGAAGGAAAUCGGUGAUGACGGGGGACCACCGCGGUGGUUUUCGCCGGUGGAGUCUGGGUGUAGGUCAAAAGGUCCCCUCUUGCUUUUCUUGCCAGGGAUUGAUGGUGUUGGACAUGGUCUCAAGUUGCAGCAUGAAAGGCUCGGAGAGAUUUUCGAUAUCCGAUGCUUCCACAUCCCUAUCACGGAUCGAACACCGUUCCUAGGUCUCUCUCUCUCUCUCUCUCUCUCUCUCUCUCUCUCUCAUUUAACGUUUCGGAUGAUAGUUAUUGAACUAGUGAAGUUAGUUCAGAGUACCGUUAGAAGAGAGCACGAUCGAUCAACAAAGAGACCAAUAUAUAUUGUCGGAGAGUCUUUCGGAGCAUCACUUGCACUAGUUGUUGCUGCUCAAAACCCUGAUAUCGAUCUUGUCCUAAUCCUCGCUAAUCCUGCUACAAGUUUGAGCAAAUCUUUACUCCAAAGUGUUGCGCCUUUCUCUGAGAUGAUUCAUAAGCAUCUGAUUCCCCCACCAGUAGAAACAGUUUUGUGGAAGUUGAGGAUGAUAUAUGAGAUGCAAAGCUAUUUGGAUUCACAUCUUCAUGCUGUCGAAGCUCAAACACUCAUUCUAACCAGUGGAAAUGAUUUGCUGAUGUCAAACAAAACCGAAAGCGAUAGACUUUCUAGUAUGCUGACACAAUGUUGUUAUUAUCAAAUUGGUGUUUUUUCAAUUUUCUUACAAGAUGAAACUUUCGAUCUCGUCGCAACAAUAAAGCGCGUCAGCUAUUAUCGUCGAGGAGCAUCCGUUGAUUAUAUCUCGGAUUACUUUCCACCAACCCCUUCUGAACUUAAGAUGAUUCUCCAACCAUUCAGAUGGAUGAACACGGCCCUCGAUCCUGUAAUGAUAUCGACUAGGGUUAGUGGAGAACUCGUCCGAGGGCUUGGAGGAAUUCCUUCUCAAGGACCGGUGAUAUUAGUAGGUAACCACAUGAUGAUGUCGGUGGACGCUGUAUUGCUCGUCUCGAGUUUUUGGACCGACGAGAAUAUUAUGGUCCGGGGAAUGGCACAUCCGUUAUUCUUCGAGAGAUUGAAGAAGGGUGGGAAAUUACCCGAUUUGUCCAUGCUCGAUGUGAUUAGGGUUCUUGGUGGGGCUCCGGUAUCUGCUACUAACUUAUACAAAGCUCUCUCCAUAAAUUCUCAUGUUUUGCUGUAUCCAGGGGGUUUCCGGGAGCUAUUUCAUCAGAAGGGUGAAGAACACAAACUGUUUUGGCCAGCUAAAUCGGAGUUUGUGCGAAUGGCGGCAAGAUUUGGCGCCAAAAUUGUACCUUUUGGUUGUGUUGGUGAAGAUGAUGUUGUUCAAUUGUUAUUAGAUCGCAACGAUCAAAUGAAGUUUCCACCCCUCAAGGCCUUCAUCGAAGAACUAACCGGCGAGGCUGUUAGGUUAAGGAGUGAUGCUGAAGGAGAAAUACGGGAGCAACUUUUAUACUACCCGGUAGUCCUACCGAAAAUACCCGGCCGCUUAUAUUUCCGAUUCGGAAAGCCAAUCUCAAUGGAAGGAAGGGAGGAUAUUUUGACAGACAAAGAGAAAGCUGAUGAAAUGUAUUUAGAGAUACAAAACGAGGUACACAAAUUCAUCGAUUAUUUGAAGGAGAAUAGAGAAAAAGAUCCGUAUAGGAAUCUUUUAGCUCGAUUAUCUUAUCAGUGCUUCAACGGCUUCGAUUAUCAAGUCCCAACUUUCGACAUUUGAUAUUCUUUUGGAAUCUUGUUU